UGUUUGUAGUCAUCUGCAAGACCACCUUGUGAGCUUCAAAUUUUGUUGGAAGACAAUGUAGUAACUUCUUUACCAGCUUCUUCUCCUUGUACUUCUUCCCAAGUACAAAUGCUUCAUGCGCCAUACCACUGAGUUUUGCACUAAAGGUCGCCACAUAAUCAUUAUCAGACCACCUGAGAUUCUCAAACUGCGGCCCAAGAUGAUCUAGACGUGUCCUCUUGACACUCUCAUCUCCUUCAAACGAAUUCUGCAGGAUCUCCCACGCCUCUUUAGCCGAAGUACUCCCCUGAAUCAGCUGAAACUGCUCUGCUUCAACAGCUCCAAAAAUUACCGACAACGCCUUUGCAUUAAAUUUUGAUGCAUUGCGUUCUGCCUCUGACCAAUCCCCUUUUGGCUUAGGCUUCUUCUCACCUCCUGUGACUAUGGUAGGCUCCUCCCAACCAAUCUCCACAGCUGUCCACGCAUCUUCAUUGAUUCCUCGAAUCAUCUGCUUCAUGCGAGCCUUCCAAUGACCAUACUGGUCCGCAUUCAACACGAUCGCCUUCUGCACAGAGAUAAUCGUGUCCAUCUUCACCUUCAGGAUCACACCAGUAACUUAGGUGACCCGCUCUGAUACCACUUGUUAGUGCAAGAUGACACAACAAUAGGUAAUGUAGAAGAUAAAUCAAGAGACAAAUACACAAGCAAACACCAAUGCUUUAUUAGAAUCUCCUUUAAACAAUCUUUACAAGAAUUGCUUAUUCAGCUUUUGCACGUCUAGUGUUAACACCCUAACACACGCUACUGAAAGAUUCCUAAGCUACCCGCUUAUGUCUCUUCUCCGUCAAGUACUUCAGCCACUGCUUCAGCACGACCCAAGAACACCUCCAAGAGCUUCUCUCUCUCUAUAAGAUCAACCUCCGUGUCUCUGUCUCUAUACAGACGAACCCAUAGCUAUCUUAUAGUUAUUCUUCAUGUUCCCGAAACCCUAGUUUACAAGGCAACAUGUAUGGACAUCUUCCGUAACAAUAAGUGCAACUUUCCUUUUCUUGGAAUGCACUUAUUCCUCUUUCUUUAAGUCAUAAACUUGCUCCUCAAGUUUAUUCUUCUUUUUCAUAUCUCCAAGAUACUCCCUUGCUCUCCAAGUCUACACGACUCCAGCUCAGCAUCUUGACUCCACAUGGUCUUCACCAUUUAACCCGACGUCUGCUUCAGCAACUACGUCAGCGACUACUUCAGGACAGACAUCUUACAUCUUCAGGAAAUAAGAGAGCGCCACCACUAUUCAGUAGACUGCGUUGUAGCGAUUUACGUUGGUAUCCUUCUUUGGAAAAUGACUGGUUUUAUUUGGUCUAAUAAGAGAAAGUGAAGCAGACAGUGACACUAGAGAAGAUUCAGAACAAGCUUAUUCACGCUGCCAAGGAUUCGGAUAUGGAGACUGUUAGGAGACUUGUGGAGGAGAUGGAGGUAAGCCUCGGGGAAGAGAAGCAGAGUGGAGUUGUCUCCAAGAGGGCAAUUGACAGUGUUUGCGUGUGCCACAGUGAUCACAACACUUGGUAUAGUUAUUCUGGCUUUGACUCUGACAAGCGACGGUUGAAAAUAUGGAUUCUUAAUAGUCUUCUCCACGGUUACCAUCCUUUUUCAAUCUCUACUUAUAUUUUCUUGCCCUCUCUUUUUUUUUAACACAAGUAUUUUCUUGUCCUAAAACCACGAUCAUUAACUACAAAUGUAAUGUUAUUUUCUUGCCCUUUUGGCUUAUAUCAGUGAUCAGAUACUUUUGGCUCAUCCGUGACCAGAUACCAGGAAGGAAAAAAACAUUCUUUUGUAUAUAUAGAUUUAAAUAAUUAUUUAUAUUUAUAUAUCUAUAAAAUAAAAGUAAAAUGGUCUUUUACUCUUUUAAUGGAAUUUAUUUUCGUCACUUUUUUUGUAUGUUCUUUUAAUUAAAAAAUUCAUUUUAGGGUAUUUUGGAAGAUUUGUAUAAGGACAAUUCCCCGUAAUAACAUCUUUUAGUUUUUGUCUCAAAAAGGAUACUCGAAGCUAAAAGUCACAACAAUAACCUUCAUUAACUGUUCAAAAGACUAUAAUACCCUUACUUUAAAUUAUAUAAAACAAUUGAAAAAAAGUCCAAAACAUCUUUGAUCUCUCUCACGGCGACAAAUGAAACAUCAUCAUCUCCGACGAAGAACACUGACUUCAUCUCACGGCGACUCUGAUUUCUUUCCAUCAUCUCCGGCGAAGAACAUUGUCAUCAUCUUCGACGAAGCGCAUCGAUUCUCCAACGACGCCAUUUCGGUAUGAUUCCAAAGUCUAAGGUUUUGAGAUUCAAAUAUGGGGCUUCUAUCUUCAAUGAUAAUUGCUUGCGUUUUAGAGUUACUUGAGAACUUAUAAGUUUGCUUUGUUGUAUUAAUUGAACAGAUUUACUUUGAGCAGUACAAAAAUCUAAGGUAAUUCAUCUUAUAUUCUCGGAAAAAUAUCUGUCUUGUUGGGAUUUGAUUAUGUCGUUAACAUGUUCGAUAUAAUGCCUCUGAGAUUGGAUAUUUAGUAGCACGGAAGUUAAACGCUGCUGUUGUGAUCAGUAGAACUGUUCUUGGCUAUUUAUUUCCAUGUCUCUGUGUUGAUGUUUUAGUUCUCUUGUUUCUCUAAAAGUUAUAGUUUUUUUCUUGUUAAGAACACUUAUAAAAGUUAUAGUUUUUUCCUGUUCUCUUUAUUCGCAACUGUAAUGUGCCUCAUUAAAUGCGAUACUAAAAAAAUUGAUUUUUUUUUGUCUUGGUUACGCAGGACAUCAACACGAUGGGAGAUUCAGUACCUGAAAUACUAGCAUUUCCUGAGCUCAAGUAUCCUAUAAGAUCAGAGCCAAAGCCAAGAGUAUCAAUAAACCAAUACUCGAGCGCUGCUUAUAUCAAAACUGUCUCGGGUAUCUCAAGCCAUAAGAGUUAGACAGAAUCCGAGGGACAUUUUUUUCAUUUAGAUUGUUAUUGAAGAAUUUUCAGGAUGUCUUGAAGCAUUCUGUAAUUCUAUCAAGGAAAUAUUAAAAUGUGUUAUUAUUGUAAAACACAUAUGCUACCUAGGAUAGCUUAUGGUACUUUUAGGAUGAGUUUCCAGAAAAUAAAAUGAGUAAGCAUAAGCCUUCACUUACUAAGUAAAGGAAUAUAAUCCAUUGAUUUUUAUUCAAUUAAUAAAUAAAAAACUGAUCCGAUUCCAAGAGGAAUCGAACACGGGUUGAAACAAGUGUUUUAUUAAGUUUCGUACGAGAGGGGAUUUAGCCGUUAAGCUGAGGAGAAUCAUCUGGUAAUAGCUAAAACAUAAAUGUAUUUAACCGUAAAUUUUAUAUGAUAAAUGUUGGAAAGAAUUUGAAAUUUCUGGAUGAGUUUUCAGAAUAGUCGAAUAUCAGUGUGUUUCUUUCUAGCAAAGAAGUUUAAACUAAAAUAAAUAAAUGAGAUCAAAAACUAAAGAUUGAUAUCUGCAUAUUUGAGAAAUUUCAAAUUGUGAUUUAGAAUUUUGGAGAAAAAAAGAACAAAUAUACGUAUACCAGGAUUGGAACCCAAAAUCUCUGGGAAAGGGGGAAUAAAGUGUGGCCUAAGCCAAUAGGUCAAGUGUGUUUGAAGUGUUUGUUGGUGUAAGUAAGGGAAUAUAAUGAUUGAGUUUUAUUCAAUUAAACAAUAAAAAGCUAUCAUUUUCCAAGGGGAAUCGAACGCGGGUUGAGGCAUGUGCUUUAUUAUGUUUCGAAUGAGAGGGGUUUUAGGCGCUAGGCUGAGGAGAAUUAUCUUGUAGUAGCUAAAACAUAAUUUUAUUUAACCGUAAAUUUUAUAUUAUAAAUGUUGGAAAUAAUUUUAGAAUUCCUGGAUGGGUUUCCAGAAUAGUUGAAUAUCAGUGUGUUUCUUUCUAGUAAAGAAGUUUAAACUAAAAAAAUGAAAUGAGAUAAAAAAACUAAGGGCUGAUGUCUGCAUAUUUGGGAAAUUUCAAAUUGUGAUUUGAAAUUUUGAGAAAAAAUGCAGUUAAACCUAAAUUGUAUAUUACAAAAGUUGGAAAUAUCCAACUUAUUCAGGAUAGGCUUUCAAAAAAAUAUAUAUAUACGUGGUCUGCUUAAAUCAGGAAGGCUAUUCUCAUUAUGUACAAAAGCUUCCAAGAAGUUUUGGUAUACGCUCAUGCACAUAUUUCUUAACCACAAAAAAAAUCUGAACAAGAUGAAGCCAAUCCAAAUGAAGUAGAUGAAACUCAGAGAUGUUGGAAGAGACCCUAGAUGAAGCCAAUUCAAAUGAAGCAGAUGAAACUCAAAGAUGUUGGAAGAGACCCUAGAUGAAGCCAAUCCAAAUGAAGCAGAUGAAACUCUUGUAAAUGAGGUAAGCAGGCUGAGAUUCAAGUUCUCUCUGCUAAUGUGACUAUGCUCGUUCUUCUUCCACUUUUGGAAUUUUCUAGUAGUUUAGGAAGCUUUUGUACAUAUUUGUGAUUGCUUUCAUGAUUUUUCUUUAACAAGAGAAUGCACAAGUCGAGGAUGACACAAAUUGAUGGGGCCAUCAAAUCAGUAGCUGAACCAGAAGCCAACCAGUUGCACCAAGCAGCUAACCUAAAGACUAACCAGGAUAUGUGUUCAGUCAAAACUGCGAUCUCACCAACCAUGAGGAAUUUUUCCAUGAAACCAAUUUUAAUGCAUUUUACGCUCAAUAAGGAGUCAAACCCAAUUGGAAUCAUCAUCAAAUCUACUCGUACCAGGAAAAUAUGAAUUUUACAAACCAGAGGUUGUUCAUCUCGUCCAUCUGCGAGUAUCCGAGUUUAGAAAUUGUUUCAAGCCCAACAAAGAAGCGUUCCGACCCAAAACAAAGAACGGAAUUCAAUAUGGAUCUCUUAGCUUUCCAAAAAGCCAAGAAUGAGGAGGAAAGUCAAAGGAAUUAUGGAGUUAUGAUCAAUUUCCCAAAACCGGACAAACCAGUUCUGCACUUGCAGGCUGGGAAGCUGGGUCGAUGAGAUGGAUGGGCGAUAGGUCGAUCUUAUCGGUAAGGAUGAAGACCGGAUGGAAAGAUGGUGAAGACGGCCGACUUGAUGUUCCUUUUAAUCCAAUCUAACCUGGAAAAAUGAAGAACAAUGAGUUUAUGAAUAUUUAAAAUAAGAACAUGAACUAAAUAGAUAAAGGGAUGAAAUGGUUUAUGGAUAGAUGUUUGAUGAUGGAAGAUGGAUAGAUGAUGUUGGAUAGAUAUUGAUUGACUCUCUCAAUCCGUGAGUGCUGAUUGACUCUCUCAAUCCGUGGAUGCUGAUUGACUGUCUCAAUCUGUGUCUCAAGGCUCAUGUAUCACACAAAGAACCUAUGAACCACGAGCGCAAUAGAAAGUGAAAGGUAUAAUAUUUUCACAUUGACAAGCUAGCUACACUUAUACAAGAUGAAAAUGACAACGACACGGAAAUGCAAAUAAAUUUAUGUACUAAGCUUUCAAAUCAUUUCGAAAAUCAAAUCAAAACAACAUGAUCAACCCCAAAAUCACAAAAUCCCGAUCUAUCAUCUACAUUAAACUCUGAACCGAAACAAAUAAUCAAUUUAACAACAAUGUAACUGCGAACUGAAAGUAAACAUCAAUUUGGAAAAAUUGGGAAUUUAAACUUCAAUUGGAUACAAAGUACCUGUAAAAUGAUGAGACGCGAAUCAAAGAUGAAGUACGACGAGAUGACGGUAGAGCCUUUCAAGCGGAACAGUGAUGGCGGAUCCGACGGCAGAAACGAUGUCGGAGACGACGGCGGAGAAAAUUGGAGACUGCACUUUACGGUUCUCUUGUCGACGAUGAGAAUCUAUUUUAAUUUUUUUUCUGCAAUUUAAUAUAGUUAGGAUAAAGAAGGAGGGUAACAUGGAUAUUAGCCAUCUUAAUUGAAACCUAUAUUUGUGACUUUGGGCCUUUGAGGCUAGAUUGGAAGAAAAAGUUGAAUUGGUUUAAAAGUGGAUUUUAAUCUACAAAGGGACAAAUGACAAAAAAAAAAUCUAUAACCACCAAAACUAAUCUCUUAUGGGACAAAUGAGUGUAAGUUAUGAUUAUACCCUUAAUGAAAGCUCAACAUCAACCAUUGGAUCUGAUUCUUCACGUUAUAAUCUGAGCCGUCCGAUCUUUAAAGAUGAAAUAUUUACAUUAAUGCCAUUAAUGAAACUUGUCUCUCAGCCGCUGGAUCUUAUGAGCCUGUUUUAAUCUUAGCCAUCAGAUUUUGUCUGGGUCCCACUGAAAAUUUAAUCACUCUUCUUCUUCUCCAUUUCUUCUUCAACCAUACCCAACCACGAAAAUUCAUUUCCUUCACCAACCAAACCUCUAUUCUUCAACUCUUCACCCACAAACCUUUACCUCUGUUUCUUAGGGUAUUUUUACAAGUUAUGACACCGUGAAACAUCCCAUUUGCGUCGUCCUUGGUUCUGAAAUCUAUUGGAAGUAUGGAUAGCAAUGGAUCUGUGGUGAUACACUUUGAACAUGGUGUAGACCGACAUAUUUCUACUUUGGUGAUGAAAGGAAGAUAUGAGGAGAUUACUUAUUCCCACUUGGUUGAUAGAAUAGGCAAAAAACUGAAGAUUGAUGUAGAUGCCACCAAGCUUCAACUGAGUUACUUUCCGCUGGUCUUGAAUAAUAAAAAUUCUUGUUAUAUCUUGGAUGAUGAAGAUGUUUUAGGAUAUUUGAUGAUGGUAGAUAAGAAGAACCGACGUUGUGUCUUGCAUGUGGAACUUGCCAAAAUCGUCUCAGAAAAUCAGAGCAACGAGAUGUUUUCUAUGAAUGAGGAAAAUCUGAGUGAUGCCAGAGCUAAUGAUGGCAUGGUUGAAGUUGGAGAGCUGGAAAUUGUUCCUCAUAUUCAGGAGGAUGAGUUUGAGCAUGAGAAAAUCAGUGAAGAGGGUGAUGAAAUGGAUGAUAGGGAGGAGUUGCCGGCUGUUACAGCAGUUGAACCUCCUGUUGUCAAUUCAGAAUGGGAUGAUGGCAUUGAUAUUAGUCUUCAUCAAGAAUUUGCGACUAGAGAAGAAGUGAGGGAUUUAGUGGACAAAGGUGUGCAUUCCAAUUGUUUUGAGGUUGAUAUACAGAAGUCGAAUCCUCGGGUUUACAUAUUGAAAUGUCGUGGGGCUGGAUGCAUAUGGUAUUUACGAGCUGCAAAGCUGAAGAACUCUGAUUUUUUCUCUAUCAGAACGUAUAGAAAGAUUCAUACGUGCUCUCAUGGAGAUGCAAGUGUCAUGAAGAAGAAGAAAAGAGGCACGCCAAGCUUGGUCGCAUCAGUGGUGCACUCUGAUUAUCCCGGCAAAUACAAGACUCCGGAUCCAAAGACUCUCAUAGAUUUGGUGCAGAACAAGCUGGGUGUUAAGGUUUCAUAUUCUACGGCUUUGAGAGGGAAAAAUAAAGCUUUGAGUGAUUUACGUGGUAACCCGGAGGAGAGUUUUGCUAGGCUGCCAUCUUACUUGUACAUGUUACAAAGGAUGAAUCCUGAUACCAUUACACGAUUAGAAGUGGAUGAGAAGAACCAGUUUAAGUAUAUGUUCUUUGCGCUCGGAGCUUGCAUCGAAGGGUUCAAGGCGAUGAGGCAAGUGAUAAUAAUGGAUGGAACUCACCUGAAGGGUGUGUACAAAGGAGUGCUUCUCAUUGCCACUGCUCAAGAUCCAGAUCAUCAUCAUUAUCCCCUUGCUUUUGCAGUAGUAGAUGGUGAGAAAAAUGCAAGCUGGGAGUGGUUUUUAACUAUAUUAAAAACUUUGAUACCAGAUGAUCCUCAGCUUGUAUUUUGUACUGAUAGAAACCAAAGCAUCAUCAAGAAAGUACACGAGGUAUACCCAUUGGCGAUCCAUGGAUAUUGCAAUUAUCACUUGUCUAAUAAUGUCAGCGGAGCUUGCAGCAAUGUUAACAAGAAAGGGGUUGCCAAAAAAUUUAGAAGUAUUGCUGGUAUUUACAGUGAGGUGGAGUUCAUCAAAUGCUACAACGAUUUCAGGAAAAUGUAUCCUCAAGCGGCCGAGUAUCUAGAUGACAGUGUUCAUGAGACAAAAUGGGCAAGAUGUAAAUUUCCGGGAGAAAGGUACAACAUAGACACAACCAACACUGUUGAAUCUAUCAUUGGUGUAUUGAAGGAACCAAGGAAAUAUGCGUUGUUGCCAAUGCUUGAUGUGAUCGUGGAAAAGAUAACAGAAUGGUUCAACAAAUACCGUCUAUUUUCUCUACGCGUACCAGAGAGGCAGAUACUAAUCCCACAUGUGCAUGGGAUAUUGCAUCACAUGUAUCCUUCGGCGAAAAAGCUGAAGGUGACCGAGCUAAAUACAUUUGAAGGUCACUACAAUGUGCUUGGCGAGGAUGGUCAUGGUUAUUUGGUUGAUCUGAGCAACAAAACAUGCUAUUGUAGGUGUUUUGAUAUUGAUCGGUAUCCUUGUGUGCAUGCACUUGCUGCCAUCAUGGCGCGUGGAGAAAUGGCUGAACAUUAUUGUUCUAGGUAUUACUGGAUGGAGCAGUGGACUUUGGCAUAUUACAGGACAAUAUAUCCAGUGCCUCAUCAUUCAACAUGGGAAAGUUCUGAAAUUCCUGAGGAAAUCCGAUAUCAGGUUGUCCUCCCUCCGUAUGUGGAGAAAAAAAAAGGAAGACUACAAGUUACUAGAUUCCCAUCUGCCGGAGGAUAUCGGAGGAAGAGAAAGAAGAAGUUUCCACCAUUGAUUGGUGAAAACGAAGAAAGUGGCAGUGAUGGCACUGACAGUGAUAGCAGUGGUAGUGACAGCAGUGACAGCAGUGGAAAUGGGAACGAAUGAGGUGACAACGAAGGAAGUGGUAACGAAAAAAAUGAUGAAUGAGUCUCAUUUGUGUUGUAGAAUUUAUUUGUGUGCUGUGGAACUUAUUUGUGUUGUAGAAUUUAUUUAUGUGGUGUGAAACUUUAUUUAUGCAUUAUGUUGUUUCAAUCAGGUAAUACAGGUGCAACAUGGUAAAACUUGAUAAAAUAUAACACUCAUAUAUUUGUGUUGUCUUACUGGUACAACUCGUAAAACUCAAAUAGGUUCGACUGGUAAAUCUAGUACAACUAUGUCUAAUUUACUAAAAUAGGAUCUACUAGUAUAACUACUACAACUGUGCAGGUUGUAAAAUUUAAAUAUUCUUUUGGGUGUUCCCUAUUAAAAAACCAAUCAAAUAGUCUAAUUUUUAAGUGUUUGGAAAGGUGUCUUUGUGUUUUGUAUUGUGUUCUUUUUUUUUUUUAGAUUUCUAACUCCAUCACAAAAGUUUGUUUGAUCUACCUUAUACUUUGAAGGUUUGUUAACUUGUUUGUCCACUUAUUUUUUUCAAAACAUGCAUGACAAGUAUUUUCACAAUAGUGAUGAUUUCAUUGUAUCCGGGCAAGCAUAUGUAAACAUACAACAGUUGUACAACUAAGGUAAUUGUAUUUUUUAUAUGGUACAACUAAUAUUUUUUUAUUUCACUGCCAAAGUAUAACUAUGUACAAACUGGUACAACUAAUA